UUCCAACUGGCAACAAAAAAAACUUUUUAGCCCCGCCCACUUUCCGCUUUGAAGUUUUUUUAUUGUGGUGAAUCAAAACACACUGCAUGUAAAAUAGAAAAAGGUGAAAGGAAGAAGAUUGGUAGGGGGAAGAGGAAGUGUGGAAAGAAUGGGGAAGAGGCUGGAAGGGGAGAGCCGUCCCGGUGCUUAUGCAAUUUACUUGGAGCCUUGGCAUGCAGAUAUUGAGGAUUUCUUAAAGUUGCGUCUCAACACGGGUGCAGAAGAGCACAAAGCAAGGGAUUUGUUUUAUGGACUUUGGAUUCCGGAUCUUUUUAUGAAGCGAGUGCGAGAUGAUGACAUUUGGUCUUUAAUGUGUCCGAAUGAAUGUCCUAACUUGGAUGAGUGUUGGGGAGAGGAAUUUGAACAGCUUUAUCAGAGAUAUGAAGAAGAAAAGCGUUACAAACGUCAAAUAAAGGCACGUGAACUUUGGAGUCGUAUAAUCACCGCUCAAAUAGAAACUGGUAUUCCAUAUAUGGUCUACAAAGAUGCUUGUAACAGUAAAUCAAACCAAAAAAAUUUGGGAACAAUUAAAUGCUCAAAUCUUUGUACUGAAAUUGUGGAAUAUACUUCGCCUGAAGAAGUUUCUGUCUGCAAUUUGGCUUCGAUUGCGUUGCCGCGUUUUGUGGUAGUUGAUGAUGGUGGUUUGGAGCAAAAUGGAGUGGGAGAGGGAAGGACAUCAGCACCAAAUACACCACCAAGAAACAGCAGAAAAAGACCAGCAUGCGCUUUGGAAGAAUCUAAUGGAAAUUCUACUUCAACUAGACAAUCGCCACCAUCAUUACAACAAAAAUUCAAAUUUGAUUUUGAACGUCUUAAAAACGUCACAAAAGUUAUAACAAAAAAUUUGAACAAAAUAAUCGAUAUUAAUUAUUAUCCUGUCCCACAAGCUGAACGUUCAAAUCUUCGACAUCGUCCAAUUGGAAUUGGUGUACAGGGUUUGGCCGAUGCUUUUAUUUUGAUGCGUUUUCCUUUCGUUAGCGAUCAAGCCAAAGAGUUAAACAAACAAAUUUUUGAAACAAUCUAUUAUGGUGCAUUGGAAGCUUCUUGCGAGUUGGCUGAGCAAUUUGGGCCAUAUGAGACUUAUAAAGGUUCUCCAGUUGAGAAAGGAAUUUUACAGUUUGAUAUGUGGAAUGUAACUCCAACUAAUUUAUGGGAUUGGGAUGCUUUGAGAAAAAGAAUUGCAACAUUUGGUGUCCGCAACAGUCUUUUAAUUGCUCCAAUGCCUACAGCUUCAACAGCACAAAUUCUUGGUAACAACGAGUCUAUUGAGCCUUACACAUCGAAUAUUUAUUGUCGUCGAGUUCUUUCUGGCGAUUUUCAAGUUGUCAACCCUCAUUUAAUGCGCGAUUUAAUCCAACUCGGUCUCUGGGAUGACCAAAUGAAGAAUCGUUUAAUAUCUGAUGGAGGUUCUGUCCAAAAUAUUGUUGGAUUGCCAGAAGAUAUCAAAGCUUUAUACAAAACUGUUUGGGAAAUUCCACAACGUGAAAUCAUCAAAAUGGCAGUUGAUCGAGCUCCUUUUAUCGACCAAAGUCAAUCUUUAAAUUUACAUAUUGCUGAUCCAACAUAUGCGAAAAUUACCUCAAUGCAUUUCUUUGCUUGGGAAAAUGGUUUGAAAACAGGGAUGUAUUAUUUGCGUACUCGGCCAGCUGUGAACGCCAUUCAAUUUACGGUUAAUAAAUUAGCUUUGAAAGAAUCUUCAUCAACUACUACAACAAUAAGUUUGGAAGAAGAAAUGUCGGAUACUUUAGAAGAAGGGGAAACAACAAUGAUUGUAACAACAAAGGGAGUUGUAAAAGAGCAAGUUCGACGUCAAGUUUUUGAUGAUAAACUUAAUAAACAAAAACAACAAGAAGAAAGAGGAAAUGAAGAGGGAGGUUGUGGAGGUGGAGAACCGGAAUGUUUAAUGUGUUCUGGUUAAAUAAAGUGUGUGAAGAAGAGGGAUCAGAGCUGAGCGAAAAAAUAUCACCUUCACGUUUCGUCUCGUGAAGGUGUGCGGACAUAUCGGGAUUGGUGUAACAGAAAUAUUUUCUUGCGUGUUUACGUUUGUUCUAAAACAUAAAAACUCUAUUUCUCAAGAGGGCAAUAUACUAUCCAAGACCCAGUGGCCGUAGGUCCCGAAAUCAGUAGGGUAACUGUUCGUACAUUGAAAUAUCCUGAUAUGUCCGUCAAUUGAGAGAUUUAUUUUCUCAUUUCGUUGUGAGCAAAAUUUUAUUUUUUUUCGUUCAGCUCUGAAGGGAAGUGGGGAUUUUAAUUGUUUUCUGAGUGCUUGAAUAUUGUUGACAACAAACAUUUGGUGUUGUAAUUUAUUUACGUAUCUUUGAUAUUUUGCAAAACUUAUUAACUGGCACGCCUCAUUAUAUUCUUUCGC